CAAGAACCGCCUAGGUAUAAUGGGUGGAGCUGUUAACCUGCUCCAAGUGCAGUACGAGGAUCUCGAAUUUCUUUUUCUACACUAAACCAGCUGUUGUCAUAACUACAAACGAAGCUGACGAUGCCAGCAACUAGCAAUAUAAGUGGAGAAACACGUAGUCACAGCUUUCAUUCAUCCAAUUCCUCUCACUCCAAGCGAUCGAAAGCAACAACGUAUCGUACCAUCAGCAGACAUUCUAAUGUUGAUGAGAAUCUGUUUGGAGUACCUUUACAUGUUAAGGAACGUCAGUGCCGGUUAGAGAAGCAGAAUAACAAUAAUGUGAAAGAGCGGGAAAUUAUUGUCUCAAGGAGAAAAAUGCCUGGUGAAGUUGUACCAUGGGAAGAAUGUGAAACAGAAAAAGAAAAUCAAAGAAGGAAGAAAAUACGACAUUAUUCUUCUGAUUUGGUUCGUGAUCUUAUCAUACCUUUGGAUUAUGUUGGUAAAAAGGGAAUAGUUAUUCCACCAGAGAAAUAUAGUGAACUUCAGCAAAAGUCAAAAGUGCCGGAAGAUGCCGAAGCAAAGCUUGUUGCUGCUUUGGAAAAAUCCAAGCAAGAGUCUAUGAUGGAAGCGUCGCAGCAGCGUAAACAGAAGAUGCGGGAAUACGAUUUGAAUCGAGCACGAAAUGAAGGUCUCACAGAUCUGGAAGAAGAGGCAAGAAAGCAGGCAGAAGUUUUGUUACAGAAGGCAAUAGAACAGCGACAAGAUCAGGAAGACGAAAUAAAGGCACUAAAUGAAUGGAUAUUAAAUGCCAAAAUACAGGCAAUUAGAGACGAACAAAUUUUAGAGAAGGGUCAAAUUAAAAAAGAAAUGGCUGCUGAAGAAUUACGUUUAGAUAAUAUGAUGGAGUUGGCACGGCAGAAUGCCAUACACAUACAAGAGGAAAUCGACAAGAAACGCAAAGAACAGGAGAUGGUUGGCGCUUGUAUGGUCUUAGAACAAAUAGAACAAAAUAAACAAGAUCGUUUAUUAGAGUUGGAACGUGCUGAACAAGAAAAUGCUUUAGCUAUGCAACGAAUAGCUGAAGAACAUAUGAAAGAAAUCGCGAAUAGAGAAAAGAAAAAGAAAAUCCAAGAAAAACAUAGAACAGAGUUGAAUAUAGCCAAUGAAGAACUAAGGAAACGAAGAGAAAUUGAAAAGGAAAAGGAUCGUCUUAUGGAUUUAAAAAUAAUGCAAAUUCAAAAUGAAAAGGCUGAACGUGAAGCAGCUUAUGAAGCUGAACAGAUGCGUAUAAAACAGGAGAAGGAAUUAGAAAUUGCACGACUACGUGCAUUGCAAGAAAAAGCAUCUGAUGAGGCUGCUGAACGUGAUGCCUUAAGAGCUAAACGAGCAGCUGAAGCAAAUGAAAGAGAAUGGAGACGUAAAGAACUAUUAGCUGCACAAAAGAAAAUUGAGACGGAAAAUGAAUUGAAGCUGGCAAGAGCAGCUCAAGCAGAAGACAGAAAACGUCAGUUAGCAAUUGAAGCUGGUCGCGAAAGACUUGAAUUCGAAAGAAUCUUAAAACGACAGCAAGAAUUGUUGGAAAACGAUAAACGCGCUGAAAACGAAGCCAAACUGAAAAGCACUCAAAAUCUGAAAGAUCUUCGUCAUCAAAUAUGUGAGAAAGAAAGGGAACGAAUUGCUGAAAGAAAUGCAGCAUUUGAGGAAGGGGUUAGAUUGAAUGAAGAGGCAAGAUUAAGGCGAUUGCGUCUAAAUGAAGCAAAAACACGUAAAUUAAAAGAAUUAAAGGAAGCUGGUAUACCUGACAAAUAUCUUUCGCAAGUAGAAAGAAAAGUUAUGCAGUUCGGUAAUUUAAUGCCGCCAGAAUAAAUUUUUCGUUUUUGUCACCAUGAAAGCGACAUUGGAAAUAAGGAAGUAUUAUGUAUGAAGUGAAACACAGAGAAAAAGUUUCAACAGUGAGCUUAAAACACUAAGACAAUAAUUAAAAACCAUAAAUGUUUUACUGAUACCAUUUUCUUAAACAUGUCUACAGUAAAUUCUGUGGUUUUCUUUUAUCUCCUUACUUAAGUUGUUCAUUUAUAUCGCUUAACUGGGUUACAUUUUGUUAGAAAUUUCAUGUCACCCAGCAUACUUUAUUCGCAGGGUGAAAUACAUAUGUAGGAAAUUCCAACAAUGAGAAUAUUAUCGUCACUGAAUAAACUAUGCAUUGUCCUACUCAGUAACGCUUAUUACAUUGUGACGUAACUGCCGUA